AUGGCUUCCUCCGACGACCACCGUCCCUACAAUCCCACAUCGAAACCCUCGAAGCCUUUUUCCCUUAGCAACUUCUCAACAUGGAAAAUAAAACCCACCAACUCCUACACCUUACCACUCAUCCUCUUCCUCUGCAUCUUCUCUUACUUCUUCGGCCUCUGGCAACACGGCAGCACCUCCCCCACCGCCUCCACCAACGCCGCGCACAACCAACUCCCGUGCAACUCCCCCGACACAACCCUAACGAAAAACCAACAAACCCUAGAUUUCACCACCCACCACAACCCUAACUAUGCCAUCAACAUUUCCAACAACACUCCCAAAACCUUCCCUCCCUGCGACGUCAAGUACAGCGAGUACACACCGUGCGAGGACGCGAAGCGAUCCCUGAAAUUCGAAAGGGAGAGACUCAUAUACAGGGAGAGGCACUGUCCAGCUAAGGAUGAGCUGCUCAAGUGCCGUGUUCCAGCACCUCACGGGUACCGGAACACGUUUACUUGGCCCAAAAGUAGAGAUCUGGCGUGGUACGCCAAUGUUCCGCACAAAGAGCUGACGAUUGAGAAGGCGGUGCAGAAUUGGAUAAUAUACCAAGGCGACCGGUUUAAGUUCCCCGGCGGUGGAACCAUGUUUCCGAACGGCGCCGAUGCGUACAUUGAUGAUAUUGGGAAGUUGAUCAAUCUCAAAGACGGGUCUAUCCGGACCGCCAUUGAUACAGGCUGUGGGGUUGCUAGUUGGGGAGCCUAUCUAUUGUCCCGGGAUAUUCUACCAAUAUCGUUCGCGCCAAGAGACACACAUGAGGCUCAAGUCCAAUUCGCGCUCGAGCGAGGAGUACCCGCGCUAAUUGGAGUCAUUGCCUCGAAAAGACUUCCUUACCCUUCUAGAGCCUUUGACAUGGCUCAUUGCUCUCGCUGCCUCAUUCCCUGGGGCCAAAACGAUGGGGUUUACUUGACGGAGGUUGAUAGAGUUCUGAGGCCAGGUGGGUACUGGAUUCUGUCCGGUCCACCAAUCCGCUGGAAGAAAUACUGGAAGGGUUGGGAAAGAACACAGGAAGACUUGAACGAAGAACAAACUGGCAUAGAGGCUGUAGCCGCUAGUCUUUGCUGGAACAAGUUGGUGGAGAAGGACGACAUUGCAAUUUGGCAAAAACCAACUAAUCACUUGAACUGCAAAAUGAACCGAAAGCUUGCCAAGAAUCGCAACUUCUGCCCUGCUCAGGAUCCCGAUCAAGCUUGGUACACAAACUUGGAGACUUGUUUGACUCCUUUACCCGAAGUUUCUAGUGAAGAUGAUGUUGCCGGUGGGAAGUUGGCAAAAUGGCCGCAGAGACUAACCGCUGUGCCGCCAAGAAUUAGUAGGGGAACUGUGAAGGGUGUCACAGCUGCAAAUUUUCAACAAGAUUCGGAGCUAUGGCGAAAAAGGGUGACACAUUAUAAGACAGUGAAUAAUCAACUUGCGCAGCCGGGAAGGUAUAGAAACCUUCUGGAUAUGAAUGCCUACUUGGGUGGAUUUGCUGCUGCCCUAGUUGAUCUGCCUGUCUGGGUCAUGAACAUGGUUCCUGUCGACGUGAAGGUUAACACACUCGGAGUCAUCUACGAACGUGGAUUGAUCGGUUCAUAUCAAAACUGGUGUGAAGCAAUGUCGACAUAUCCAAGAACUUAUGACCUCAUUCAUGCUGAUACAGUGUUUAGUCUCUACAAGGAUAGGUGCGAAAUAGAAGACAUUUUGCUAGAGAUGGAUAGAAUUCUCAGGCCAGAGGGAAGCGUGAUCAUCCGCGACGAUGUAGAUGUGUUGGUGAAGAUCAAGAGUAUUAUCGACCACAUGGAUUGGGAUAGUCAAAUUGCUGAUCACGAAGAUGGACCUCAUGAAAGGGAAAAGCUACUGUUCGCGGUGAAGAAGUACUGGACUGCUCCAGCUCCGGCAGAAGAAGGAUCCAAUUCUUAGCAUUAGCAUUUUCUUUUCCCUUUUUGUUUGAAGUCUGUAACAUUCAUGAUUUUUUU